CCCACGAUUUUAAUUCCAGGAAGAAGCGGAUCCAACGUUGUAUCCACCGCUGCUGCCUGGCUCUGUGCCUUCAACGUUACAGCGUUGAUUUAAAAUAAUUUCAUAAUCUCUGGUUGAGAGCCCAAACACGUUUUCUAUGUAGUCAACGGCCGUCAGGACCAGCUGUCUAUCCCGGUUUGAGACCAGAAAAUAUGGACUGGACAGUGAGCAGUCGGGCCCUGUUGUGGUGCAUUUUGGCGUUGCUUUGCUGCGCUGGUCUCCCACAAAAGGGGGUUUGCAGCGCCAGCACAGUUUCCCUUCCUGAAAGCCUGCUCUUUGUGUCCACCCUGGAUGGAAACCUGCAUGCUGUUAGCAAGAAAUCCGGCUCGAUCAAAUGGACUUUGAAAGAAGAUCCAGUUCUUCAGGUCCCCACACAUGUGGCAGAGCCAGCCUUUCUGCCUGACCCCAACGAUGGCAGUCUGUACUCUCUGGGAGGAAAAAACAACGAAGGCCUCACAAAAUUACCGUUCACUAUCCCUGAGUUGGUCCAAGCUUCUCCCUGUCGCAGCUCUGAUGGCGUCCUUUACAUGGGUAAGAAGCAGGACUUGUGGUAUGUGGUGGACCUGUUGACUGGUGAGAAGCAGCAGACCCUGACUUCCUCCUUUGCUGAGAUGCUGUGUCCAUCUUCAUCUCUUCUCUAUUUGGGACGCACAGAGUACACCAUCACCAUGUAUGACACCAAGAGCAGAGAGCUGCGCUGGAAUGCCACCUAUUCUGAUUAUGCCUCCACCCUUCCUGACGAUGACACCAAAUACAAAAUGGCUCAUUUUGUGUCUAAUGGUGACGGCCUCGUGGUGACGGUGGACAGCGAAUCAGGAGACGUUCAGUGGGUGCAGAACUAUAACUCUCCAGUGGUGGCCAUGUAUAUCUGGCAGCGUGAGGGCCUCCGCAAAGUUCCCCACACUAAUGUGGCCGUGGAAACCCUGCGUUACCUCACUUUCAUGUCUGGAGAGGUCGGCCGCAUCACACAGUGGAAAUACCCAUUUCCCAAAGAGAAUAAGCCCAAGAACAAAUUCCUGGCCACAUUAUAUGUCGGCAAAUACUCCACCAGUCUAUAUGCCUCUCCCUCCCUGGUGCACGAUGGAGUCACUGUGGUGCCUCGUGGCAGCACCUUCCCCAUGCUGGAGGGUCCGCAAAGCCAGGAGACUGAAGAGGACAAGGAGUGCGUCAUCACACCCAGCACCAGUGUCAAGUUCAACGCUGCGCUCCGGGAGCGAAACCGUAUCAACUUUAUGAGGAACUACCUGCUCCUUAUAGGUCAUCAUGAGACGCCCCUUGAAGCUCACACCAAGAUCCUGGAGAAGUUCCCGGACAGCUUCCCUCGCAGUCAAGGCAAUGUCAUUCCACCGACUACUGACAAGAAAGUUGAGGAGAAGGUGAAUGAUAGUGGUAUGGAUGAUGGCCCCCCUUCUCCGCUGCCUGAAACAUCUAUCCAAGAACCUGGGACCAGCAGUCGCACUGUGCGUCCAGAGGCACCUGUGGACUCUAUGCUCAAAGACAUGGCCACCAUCAUCUUCUCCACUUUCCUCCUGGCUGGCUGGGUGGCCUUCGUGAUUACCUACCCCAAAAGUGUUCACAAGCAGCAGCAGCUACAGCACCAGGAGUUCCAGAGACAGAUGGAGGAGAAGUUGGAGCUGCUUCAGAGACAGCAGCCGUUCCCCCCUGCAGACGUGGGCCUAGGGUUGGCCCCAGACAGCGACUAUCUGGAGGUGGCCCGCGCUCGCUCCGAAUGCUCAGACCACAGCAGCCCAAAUGUCACCCCCCGCGCCUCCAACCACUCCAACCUGUCUGUGUCUGAGCUGGGAAGCUCUGCCAAUGAGCACGAAGAUGCAGAGGAGGACUCCAAUAUUGUCAGAGUGGGCAACAUAACUUUUCGUCCCAAAGAGGUCUUGGGUCACGGUGCUGAGGGCACCAUUGUGUACAAGGGGCAGUUUGACAACCGUGCAGUGGCAGUGAAGAGAAUUCUCCCAGAGUGCUUCAGCUUUGCAGACCGGGAAGUCCAGCUGCUGAGGGAGUCAGACGAGCACCCAAAUGUCAUCCGCUACUUCUGCACCGAAAGAGACCGUCAGUUCCAGUACAUUGCCAUUGAGCUGUGUGCUGCCUCACUUCAGGAGGUAAUAAAUGCCUCAAUAGAUCACUAUGUUGAGAGGAAGGAUUUCGACCGUCAUGGACUCGAGCCAGUUAUGCUUCUUCAGCAGACCAUGUCAGGACUGGCCCAUCUGCACUCUCUCAACAUAGUUCACAGAGACCUGAAACCUCACAACAUCCUGGUGUCCAUGCCCAAUGCCCACGGUCGGGUCCGGGCCAUGAUUUCGGACUUUGGCUUGUGUAAGAAGCUGGCAGUGGGCCGCCACAGUUUCAGUAGAAGGUCUGGGGUGCCUGGCACUGAGGGCUGGAUUGCCCCUGAGGUUCUCAGCGAGGACUGCAAAGACAACCCGACCUGCGCCGUUGAUAUCUUCUCUGCUGGUUGUGUGUUCUACUACGUGGUGUCUCAGGGAAGCCACCCCUAUGGCAAGUCUCUGCAGAGGCAAGCAAACAUCCUACUGGGCACAUACAGCCUUGACUAUCUGCAAACUGACAAACAUGAGGCCAUUGUAGCCAGAGAUCUAAUAGAGCAGAUGUUGAGCAUGGAACCCCAUAAGAGGCCUUCAGCUGAGAGCAUUCUCAAACACCCUUUCUUCUGGAGUCUGGAGAAGGAGCUGCAGUUCUUUCAGGAUGUGAGCGACAGAAUAGAAAAGGAACCGCUGGACGGACCAAUCGUGAGGCAGCUGGAGAGAGGCGGGAGGGCUGUUGUCAAGGGGGACUGGAGAGAGCAUAUCACAGUGCCACUGCAGACGGAUCUCAGAAAAUUUCGCUCCUAUAAGGGUGGGUCAGCCAGAGACCUGCUGCGUGCAAUGAGAAAUAAGAAACAUCAUUACCGAGAGUUGCCUGCUGAGGUUCAGGACACUCUGGGCUCCAUCCCUGAUGACUUUGUGUCCUACUUUACCUCCCGCUUCCCCCACCUGCUAAUGCACACAUACCUGGCCAUGCGGACCUGUGCAUCUGAGAGACUAUUCCUGCCUUACUACUCUACUGCAGAGCAGUUUGCAAAAACACAGGCCCAGUACACCGUACACCUCGGGCCACAAAGACCAAAUGAGCCAUGCACUCAAAACCUGCCAACACACACAUCAUCACCUGAGGAACCUACACACUCACAGCCGGUGCAGGUGUCUGACAUAACACCUGUUGAAUCGGUGCCCUCUACAUCACCAGAUGAGCCUGUAUCUGCACAUUUGCCAGUUCAGACAGUGCCGCCAACAGCGCCAGCACUGUCCACACAGACUGACUUGCACAGUCAAACAGUGAACCCCACAUUUGCUUCUGAAUCGCCUACAGAUCCUCUCAGGAAAAAAGAAUCCAGUCAGUGUGAGAUGCACACACCGCCAGGUCCUUCAACACUGGAUAGUGAACCAGUGUGAACUGAACCAGAGUCAGGUGGACCCAGCACAGAUGGGAGCAUUGCCUUAAAGAGUGGCACAAAGUGGGCUGCACCGUGAGCUGGUGAGGACCAGGCCUGCAGUGCCUGGGAUCCACUGCUCGCUGCAGCUGCACCCUAAACUAAGUGCCUUCUGCUCACAUGGGUUCAAAUGUUCCCCAACAGAGCCGUCCACAAGUCUGUCUCUGCCUAGAGGAAGUCAGAUAACCAACAUGGUGUUGUUGGACAUUAUCUUGUAGCUGGACUGAGCAAAGAGAAUUUUUUUUAUUUUAUAACGGCAUGUCCAAAAAAAAGUGUUUGUCCCAAAAAUAUCUGGCCUCUAUUGUGGGGGGAAAACGUGUCUGGAUGUUGUUGUUGGGUAGUUUUUAUAGUGCAAUGUUGUAUUUCUGAGUGAGCCUGUUCACUGCACAAAUACUGUAGAUACUUUUUUGUAUAGACUGAUUCAGAAUUUGGAUCAUUGAUGAUAAAUCAUUUAAUGUGGCCCAUGUGCCUUUUUUAACUAUCACUGUGCUGUAUGGGUACAAAUCUUUCAAAUUGACUAUGCUAAAUGUGCUUGAUUCCCGUUAAUGCUGCUAGACUGCUUCUCUUGUCAAUCACGUUUUGCUGACUCCGUAAGAGUGGACUGUUCCAAAGGGUGUUCAGGGUGGCACCUGAAUACAGUCGGUAAUUUUAUUCUCAAGUGAUUAUGUAGUCAAAUAUGAAUUUAGAGGUCAGGCUGCAGAACUUGCGUAUCAUAACUUUUCAAGGGUGUCAAAGUGAAAUUAAUGACUUGCACAAUAAAUUCUAUUUUUUUUUUUUUAUACUAAGAUUUUGCUUGUUGAUCUUGCUGCUAACUACAGUCGGUGCCUAACGGAAGCUAUUUAUAUUUAACAAAUAUUUUUAUUUAAAGGUGCACCAAGCUGGUAUAUUGGUAUGCAUUGAAUCCUUUGGAUUAGCUAUUUCUACGGUUGACGUUGGUUGGAGUAGCCUACAGUUUAACCUUUCUCUAUCUGAUGUUGAAAGCAAAAUAAGGAAUUUUACUAUAAGCAAAUGAAGGUCUCUGCGAAAAGGACCAGCAUAGUAAAACAGAGCUGUACAGAGCCAGUGUGUGAGUCACUGCAUUCUCUUCAAGUCACUGAUAUAAAUGUUAAUAUAUCAGACUUGCAUAUCAGGAUGUAAACCGAUGAAUACAAAUAAACCAAAAUGCAAUUUAGCCAGAAAGUAA